ACAACAGCUGACGUCAUCGCGCUCCACCACCUCCUCCUAUUCAGCGCGCGCUCGCUGACAAACUUUGUGUGUGUGUGCGUGUCUAUGUGUGUAUAUCUGUGUGUGUGUCAGUACGUGCGCGAGUCAGGGCUUUUUGUCUCGCGAAGGGAAGCGUUCUGAGCUUCAGACGGCUCGCGCACACCGGAGGAGCAACAGCUCGCAGCAGCAGCGAGGAGAAAGAAAGUGAUUUAAAAUUAUUCAAAAUUAGAGCAAUAUAUCCUUCUGUGUGCUGUAGCCUGCUCCUUCAGUAAUAGAGGGACAUUUGUAUAGGGCGAUACUAAAUCUUUAAUAAACGGCGGAGAUAAUAUUACUAGGUGAAGUACUAUGGAGGACCAGCUGCUGUGCUGCGAGGUGGACUCCAUCAGGAGAGCCUACCAGGACGUGAACCUGCUGAACGACAGAGUUCUGAACACCAUGCUGAAAGCAGAGGAGAACUACCUACCGUCGCCCAACUACUUCAAGUGUGUUCAGAAAGAAAUUGUGCCCAAAAUGAGGAAAAUAGUUGCCACCUGGAUGUUAGAGGUCUGCGAGGAACAGAAAUGUGAGGAGGAGGUUUUUCCGCUGGCUAUGAACUAUUUGGACAGAUUUUUAUCAGUGGAGGCCACCAGGAAAACAAGACUACAGCUGUUGGGAGCUACAUGCAUGUUUCUGGCAUCCAAGAUGAAGGAAACCGUGCCCUUAACGGCGGAGAAACUGUGUAUCUACACGGACAACUCGGUGCACCCUGGAGAACUGCUGCAAAUGGAGCUGCUGGUUCUCAAGAAGCUGAAAUGGGACCUGGCUUCAGUCACGCCUCACGACUUCAUCGAUCACUUCCUGUCCAAGCUGGAGAUCUACCCAACCACCAAACAGAUCCUCAGGAAACACGCGCAGACCUUCGUGGCUCUCUGUGCUACAGAUGUUAACUUCAUUGCCAGUCCUCCCUCCAUGGUGGCGGCGGGCAGCGUGGUGGCAGCUGUUCAAGGUCUCUACCUGAAGAGCCACGACGCCUCCUUGUCCUCCCAGAACCUCACCAACUUCCUGUCACAGGUUAUUCGCAGUGACCCGGACUGCCUGCGGUCGUGUCAGGAGCAGAUCGAGUCCCUGCUGGAGUCCAGCCUGCGGCAGGCUCAGCAGCACAGCAGCUCCACGGAAACCAAACGUGUGGACGAGGACGUGGACCUGUCCUGCACCCCUACAGAUGUCAGAGACAUCAACAUCUGAAAUGACUGACCAAGGUGUUGUGUGAUGACCUGAUGAUGGAGGGAACGUUGUCGACAGAGGGUGGAGAUGGCGGGCUGACCUCAGCCCCCCCCCCCCCCUCCUUCUUCCUGGUGGGCUGCUAUCAUGGCCGACAUGUCACUCACAUGCCCGCUGUCCGCUACGUCGGCCAAGAGGGUACCGAGCCCCCCGCCCUGCAACAACUCCCAUGUCGCAUUUCCUGCCAGUGUCCCCUCCCUCUCUGGGGAAAUAAAUGAACACUACAGAAAUGUACAAGAAAAAAGACACGGAAUGCUGAUGGCCUGCGUGGGCUGGAGCUGAAGCCACACAACUAUUUAGUAGAUCUUUUCUCAUUCCCUCACAUAUAAAAGUAGGAAUCUUGAAAUGACCGCUGACCCAACAUCCCAAAGUGUCAUGUACAGUAGGACCUUGUUGUGUCUUCAGGUCUGAAUAUGAAAUCUGACUUUUGUUAAAGAGACUUUUUAUUUUUCAUUUCUCUAUUCGUAUAUCUAAUGUUUUGACUUCCUGUCCAAGCUCCAAUGUUUGUAUUGUUGCAGUGCAAACAUUCAUUUAUCCCUGCUUGCUUAUGUUUAGUCACUUUAUGAUAUAUAAUUUUAGAUGUAUUUUUUCAAUUAGUUUUAUACCUCUUUUCUGCCAAGCUUUUGUGUUUUAAACCAAGUGUAGUGUAAGAGGCUGUGUUUCAGUGGCCUGCUGGUGUUGAGGCUGGAGGAGAUCCACGAGCAGAGUCAUCCACAGUCUGCUGUUCUUCUCUGUGUAGUUCAACCGAAACCAUUCCAACUGUCAAAAAAAAAAAAGCACUUUUGGUCAGCACUGCUGGUCGCCUAAAAAAUCACAGUGAUUACGUUUGUAAAACAAAAUAUAAUGGGGGGGUGGAGCAGGGGUCUCUUGGCGAUGAAGAGUCAGAGCGACAGCUGCAGAAUAUUUUCAUCUAAUGGAAGAAGAAUUGCGCUUUAUGGCAGAAACAAGACUAAAUGCUGCUUGAUACUGCCAUGGGACUCAGAGCCCACGGCUUUCUGGAGCUGCCAACAAUCUGAGUUUGAGUUCAACCCAUGUUCCACACGCUGCUCUAAAUUCAAGUGAGGAGCCAGAAUCUGAAGGUCCAGUCCAAGCAAAAGGAGUAUUCUUUUUAUAGUCAAAAUGAUUCUUCCUUUUAUAUAGUUAAACAUAUUAUUUAUUGUUUCUUUAAGCCUUCAUUUUCUAGUUUUCAGACUCUGUGUCUCCACCUCCUGUUGAACUAUCUGCCUCCAGAGCAGCCAGAAAUAUGAUUCCAACUAAAACUCUGCUCUGCUCUUCAUCGUCUCCUCGCUCACGCUACCUCAGUUGAAAUACCGCUCAUGGAAUCGUGGAAGGCAUGAAGCUAAAAGAAAAAGAAGAGGAGUGUUGAGACUAUGAUUUUGCACAAUAAUAAAAGACGCAGGCUUCGUUUCUUGGGGACUUGCCUAAAAAUUGUGGAGAGCACAGCAGGCAAGCUAACCGAGGGGUGCAAAGGCGGCAACAAGGGGCAAAAGGGUGAAGGCUCAACAGGGAGGGGUGUCUUAAUGCUGUAGAGUUCCAGGGUUCCUACACAGGACAGCACAGCUUCCACCACCAGCUUGAUGUGAGCUUUAUGUGAUGAUGGACACAUGAGUCAAUGCAGGAAGGCUCUCUGCAAAAAGUAUUCUGGAAGUCACGGUGUGUAGGAACUCUGUACACGAGGUUUCUGAUUGUACAUUAUGGAUAGAGAGUAGGAGAGAAACACUCCUUGUAAUCCGCUGCUAUAGAAAAAUGAAUCCCAGCUACGUGUUUAAAAGAAAAAACAGAUGACAAAAAACGUAAUGAAUUAAAAAUGAUGCUUUUCUCUUGUUGUUUGCUGCUACAUUUUUGGUGUUUUUUAUACAUAUACAUGUCAAUAUACUGCCAUUCUAGGUUUGAAUUUUCUCAUAGAAAAUUGUUUUAUUGACAUCCUCAUUUGUUUUGUUUAUGUAGAUUCUAUGUGAUCUGUUUUUUUGUUUAUAAUUUCAUAUGAUUUUCCGAAAUAUUCCAAAAAACAAGGAAAAUGAGACAAUGUACAGAAAUGCUUUGAUCCAUAAUACCUCAUGUGACAGUCAAGAUCUAUCUCUAAUUUGUAGUCUUUAUAUUUGUUUAGUCCUUAUUCUAUUCUACUUUGGGUUCAGUGCCUACUAGCUCUGUUCAACCUGCUUGAGAGGAAGCAUUGUGAUGGAACGUCCAGGGCAUGCUCUGAUACUGGUGCCAUAACAGAAAAUGGGAUGUGUAUAACUCUGUUGAGUGUUAAGCUGUCUCGUGAAAGAGACUUUAUCCCCCUUUAGGCCCAUAGUGGCCCCUUUUUAUAUUUAUAAAAAAAGCUUUUUGCUCCAAUUUUCAAACUGUCAGUGAGUUGAUAUGAGUUUGUAAAUAGAUUCAGUGUCGUGCUCGGUAAGCCAUAGACUGUUUUUUGUUACAAAUCAUUCCACACAGUUGUGUACUUCAUGCCAGUUGUCUGCAACCCUUGUCGACUACACAAUAAAAAGAUGAAUUAGAUGGAC